CGUGCGGUCCGUGCUUCGUUCGUCCGUGCCGUACCGUCCGUGCCGUCCGUGCCGUUCUUCUCCGUUUUAUGCUACAGCGUGUUCGGUCGACUUUGCUUGAAACAAAGUGACGAAUGACCGCCGCGUGCUCUCAUGCUCGGCGUGAGUUUGUAGAGCUGAGCGGCUUGAUAUGGCUUGAGCUUCUCGUGUUUCCGUCGGGCUGCCUGGACCUAGAUUUUUAAACAAAAGAUUAUGUCCUACGGAAGCUACUGCUGCGUGGUCUGGUGUGCCAACAAUGGCAAAACAAAGAAGCCACAUGUCAAGUUUUUUCGAAUUCCACGUGACCCAAGGUCAAAAGCAUGGCUACAGUACGCCAGACGUCCUGAGCUCCUAGGAAAGACAGCCAAGGAGCUCUAUGAGGGGUAUCGCCUGUGUAGUGAGCAUUUCACAGCCAAGGACUUUUUGGAUCCUGGGAAGACAAGGCUGACCAAAACGGCUAUCCCUACGGUUCGGCCGCAAAUGCUUAGGCCAUCUGUAACAGCCCAAGAAGAACCGGUGGCAACAACAUGCCCCUGUGACGUUCCAUUGGAGGGAAACAGAAUGUCGCAUCCCACAGCAGCUUAUGAAAAGCCAAUAGCGGAACCAAGCCCCGGGGAUGUUCGAUUGGAGGGCAGCAGAACGUCGCCUUCAACAGCUGCUCAUGAAGGACCGAUGGUGGCACCAAGCCCCGGGAAUGUUCCAUUGGAGGGUAGUGGAACGUCACCUUUGGCAGCUGCUCAUAAACAACCGCUGGCGGCACCAAGCCCCAGUAAUGUUCCCUUGGAGGGCAGUGGAAUGUCACCUUCAACAGCUGCUCGUGAAGGGCCGAUGGCGGCACCAAGCCCAGGGAAUGUUCCAAUGGAAAGCAGCGGAACGUCACCUUUGGCAGCUGUUCAUGAAGAACCGGUGGCGACAUGUCCCUGUGACGUUCCAUUGGAGGGAAGCAGAACGUCGCAUCCCACAGCAGCUUCUGAAAAGCCGAUGGCGGAACCAAGCCCCGGGGAUGUUCGAAUGGAAGGCAGUGGAACAUCACCUUCGGCAGCUGCUCAUGAACAACCGAUGGCGACAAGCCCCUGUGGUAUUUCACUGGAGGGUACCAGCGCGUCACAUUCCAUAGCGGCCUGUGAGCAAAUGGGGAUGGCCAGCUCUCCUGGCCAGCUUUUGGACCACAGCACUCCAUCUUCGUCUGUUGGCUAUUCUGAAUCAUCUGGAACCUGCUCUGGUCGUUCAACACCUGCUUCCGCCAAGCUCUCAAGGAGGCCCAGGGACGUCAUAAAACGCCUACAAGCAAAGGUUUCCAGUUACAGAAAGACAAUAUCAAGACUGCGCAAGCAACAGAAGCAAAUGCCUCAAACAGCUGCCGAAGCACUUGAAAUGGUGCGUCCGUUUGUGACAGACGAGGUUUUCGGACUUAUCUCGUCACAUGUAAAAUUAGGGCGCAAGGGACGAGGAAAACGGUUUCCACUGUGGCUCAAGAAGUUUGCUUUGCAUCUGAACUUUCAUGGCCCACAGGCAUACCGUUUUCUAUCGUUACAUUUAACGCUUCCCACUCAGCGUUCACUGCGUAGGUGGCUGUCGAACGUAAAAAUGACUCCUGGUAUUAUACCUGGUGUCAUGUCCUCCAUCGAAUCUCAAACGCGGUCUUGGAAUGCACGUGAUCGUGUCUGCACCUUGAUUUUUGAUGAGAUUGUUUUGAAGAAGAACUUGACAUACGACUCUGCACACGACAUUAUCCAUGGAUUUACAGAUGACGGUGUUGAACGAACCUCGACCAUUGCAGAUAGAGCCCUGGUUGUUGUGCUCUCUGGAAUUUCCAGGAGGUGGGUUCAGCCCCUCGCAUACACUGUUGGGCACACUUCAACACCGUCUUCUGUUAUCCGGAGCCUCCUGAUUUCUCUCAUUCGAGAGCUUAAGACUGUUGACUUCACUGUGAAGGCCGUGGUCUGUGAUCAGGGGGCUUCAAACGUAAGCUUAGCCAACCAACUUGGUGUAUCUGCUGAUAAGCCAUUUUUUGAAGUCGACAACGAACGUGUUUACUUUAUCUUUGAUGUUCCGCACCUCAUCAAAACAACAAGAAACAAUCUCCAAGCCCACAAACUUUGCAUUGGGGAUGAGGUCAUUGAAUGGUCCCAUAUUGUUGAACUUUAUCGUUCUACUCAUGAGAUGAGGUUGCGAUUGGCUCCAAAACUUACUGAGAGGCACAUUUUUCAAAAACCUUUCAGUAACAUGAAAGUAAAGCGUGCCACACAGGUCCUGAGUGCCUCAGUCUGUCUUGCCAUUCUAUCCCUUGUUUAUGCCAAGGAGCUUCCUGAGGCAGCCAUGGCUACAGCCUAUUUUUGUGAUAGAAUGGACAGACUUUUUGAUUGUUUAAAUAGCUCGCAAUUCAAGAAGACGGGGCAGAAGUUGCGUCAUGCAAUUUUGAAAGGAGAAUCUGAGAUACUCGAUUUCCUUCACCAACAACUCGCAUGGAUUUCAACAUGGAAGUUCCAAAGUAGGAGGCAGCCACAAACCACCAUAGGGUGGCAAGUUACAAUAAGGAGUGUCCUCAUGCUCUGGGAUGAGCUUUCAAACAGCUAUGACUUUAAAUUCUUACUUACUCGACGCCUGCAGCAAGACCCACUGGAGAACAUUUUUGGGGCAAUAAGACAAAUGCUGGGCUGCAAUACAAACCCAAAUGUGAAUCAGUUCACCUCGGGACUGAAACACAUCGGGAUAAAAAAACUGUUCAGACUCUCUAACAAUGGAAAUGUAGAGGAUGAAAAGGCUGACCUCCUCAAGGAGUUGCCAAUAUUUUCGCACCAUGAAAGUUCCAUUGCAGACAAUGUGGAAUGUUUUCCAGUUGAUAACUUCCCGCCACUAGAAGAUAUUUCUGAGCUGGCAUCAGACAUCAGGUCUAAUAUAAUUGACGACUCGUGCACUUACUACGUUGGAGGCUAUUUGAUCAAACUUUUCCUUGAACAGACAACCCGCAGCUGUGGCUGUUCUAAGCUGCUAAAGGAUGAGUCUGACAACUUGACCAGGCCUCACCAGUAUUUUCUUAUGCUUAAAGCAUACCACGUGCCUGGGAAACUCUUCGGAAACCUAGUAGUACCAUCACAGGCUGCCUUUAACUUUAUUCAGAAACUAGAAAAUCACUUUCUUGCCGUAAUAGAGAGUGUAGCGCAUGUUAGAGGAGUGUGUGCUGCCUUGUAUCACACACUCUCAGAGCUGGGUGGCUUCAGCCUUUGCUCAGAGGAGUGUCACAAAAGGUUUUUAAAAAUGUUUUGCCGAAUACGCUUGUGUUGGCAUGUUCGGUUCCUUAACCGGAACUUGGACAAAGUUCGGUUACACUCUUCGGUUGCUAGUAAGCAACUUGAUAAGUUUAACUGUUAAUAGCUUAAUAGCGUAUUAACAGAGGCGGUUGCCAAA